AUGUUUUAUAGAAAAGUGAUGCACUGUACGAUCUGCCUGAAACAUGGCACUGUCGGCAUUUCUGGGAACGGCAUACUCCUGCAACAACUGGCAAGGAUAUCGACAACGCAAUGUUGGAACAGCAAGCUGCCAAUCACGACACAGACCACGGCCAAGGUGAAAAACAAAAAUGUGCCACAAGAUACCAGAAUGUGGAAGGAAACACCAUCACACGAUAGAAAGAAUCAGAUGGGGAACUAUUGUAUGAUGCUGUCCAAAUUCAGAUUAAGUUCGCUAGUAGUGAUGUCUUCAAUGGCUGGGUACGCACUCGCGCCCGCACCCUUCGACUUGACGACGUUCGCGUUAUGCGCGAUCGGAACAGGCCUCACGUCAGCCGCAGCCAACUCUAUCAACCAAUACCACGAAGUACCAUUCGACGCACAGAUGUCUAGGACUAAAAAUCGAGUACUAGUCAAAGGAUUACUAGAGCCUGUCCACGCAAUAGGUUUUGCGACUUUAGCGGGCUCUACAGGCUUGGGUCUGCUUUACUUCGGAGUGAACCCACUCACAGCCGCACUCGGUGCUACUAACUUAAUACUUUACACGUCCGUCUAUACGCCUAUGAAGAGGAUGUCCAUAUACAAUACCUGGCUGGGGUCUGUAGUUGGAGCUAUACCUCCUCUAAUGGGCUGGGCGGGGUGCUCGGGUGCGCUGGACCCGGGCGCGAUAGUGCUCAGCGUGAUCCUAUACUCCUGGCAGUUCCCACACUUCAACGCACUCUCGUGGAACCUACGGCCAGACUACUCGCGCGCCGGCUACAGAAUGAUGGCCGUCACUGAUCCUGCACUGUGCAGGAGGGUAGCCCUGAGACACACGGGAGUGAUAAUGGGAGCGUGCCUUGCCUCAUCUUACCUCGAAGUAACAAACACGUGGUUCGCACUAGAAUCGCUACCGUUAAACGUUUAUUUUAUGUACUUAGCAUGGCAAUUUCACCAGAAAUCGGACAGUAACAGUUCGAGGAAGCUGUUUAGGUUUUCUCUAAUACAUUUACCGGCACUAAUGUUGCUAAUGCUAGUCAAUAAGAAGAAUUGGUACAAGAGUGAGACGCAGGAGCAGGAAACUACCAAGGUGCAGGAUGUCAAGAUCCCAGACUCCAGAAUAUCAGUACUACCGCGCAGGCCCGUGGUAGCGGCGCAGGAGUCGGACCUGUCGCCAUAG